CGCGCGCGUUCGCGCCUACAGUUUGCCAGGAGGACCAACUGACUGUCAGACUCACUCCACUCCCCUCACACUCACAGGGCAGCAGGACUCAACGACUAUGGCUUUACGGACGAAGACCGCUCUCCUUGUUGGACUUUUCUUCCUCCUUCACACGUGGGGAGUCAAGGCCCAGGUGAAGGUGGAGAUGGAGGAUCGCGUGGAAGUGACCCUGGGCACAGCCGCGGAGAUCCCCUGUCUCUACACCACAGACGUCGGCUUCGGCGGCUUGAUCAUAGAGUGGUUUUAUCUGGAUCCAGCUGGCAAGCGACACAGGAUCUACUUCCAGGACCCCACGAUGCGCAUCGAGGAAACCAACAGUCAGUUCACCGGCCGCAUCAAGGUGGACGUCACGCCGUCCCAAGGGUCCGGCCAGGUCCUCCUGCGAGUCUUGGAGACCCGGCUGGGGGACGAGUUGGACUUCAUCUGCCUCGUCAAGAGCCUGACAGACGGCAACGACCAGGGCAAGACGCAGCUGAGGGUGUUCGAGAAGCCAGCCCACCCAAUCAUCAAGAGCGUGGACGAAGACAUCUGGUUCAACAACGAGGAACCAGUCAAGAUUGGAAGCUGUGAGGCGAAGAAUGGUUAUCCCAGACCAAGCAUCACCUGGUAUAAAGACAACACACCACUGUCCAACGUUCCUAAUGAGGUGUCUGUCUUGUCCAAAGAGACCACGGAAUCCAGCGGGUUGUUUUCGGUGGAGAGCGAGCUGAGCCUGAAAGUGGUGAAGGAGGACCAAGGCUCUGAGUUCUACUGUGAGGUCAACUACCAGAUCAUAGGGGGAUUCGGCAUGUUGGAGUCCGAAAAAAAAAAGAUCCGGGUCCGCUACCCCUCAGAUGAGGUCAACCUGUGGGUGAAGUCCCCCAAGAGGGACAUCAAAGAGGGUGACACGGUGGAAUUCGAGUGUCUGGGCAACGGAAAUCCUCAGCCACUCUUCACCUUCCGCAACAGAGAGAUGGUGGAGUUGAACGCUAUCAACAACGUGUUGGAGCUGAGGAACGUGAGCCGUCUUGACAGUGGGCUGUACGAGUGCUUCACUACAGAUAUAGAGACCUUUGAGGAGGUGGUGGGGAACACCACGCUGUUCGUAAACUAUCUAGAGCCUGCGGAUGUGUCUCCUGAAGAAACCCUCACGCUGUCCCAGGGAGCUGAUCUGAACCAGAGCUGCAACGCCCUCUCUUCCCUCAAAACACACACCGUCUGGAUGAAGAACGGGGUGAAGGUGGCCACGGGCAACAUACUGUCACUGAGGGACGUUGUUUACGACAUGGCUGGAACCUACGAGUGCAUGGUGACGGUUCCCCAGCUGGUCGGCAUGGAAACCAGCGCCGCGUUUCAGCUGAUCGUCGAGGGUUCACCGGAGAUCAGUGAGCCGCAGAGCACCAGCCUGGAGCAGGCGGUGGAGAGCACGGUGGUCCUGACCUGCAGGGCCAGGGGGAACCCCACGCCGACCAUCACCUGGAGGUCCGCAGGGAGUCUGGUCGACUCUCAAUCCAAUGUGACGGAGGAUGGGGUUCUGAGCUGGGUCAACGUCAAGGUCAGCUCGGACUUGAACGUGUCCUGCAACGCCUCUAAUACAAACGGCAACGUAGAGACUCUGUACUCCAUCAAAGCCAUCGUCCCAACCACCACUUCGCCCACCACCACCCUAGCCACAGUCGUCCCAACCACCACUUCGCCCACCACCACCCUAGCCACAGCAGGGGGCAGCGGUGUGAUCAUCGCGGUUCUCAUCAUCUGCCUGCUGCUGCUGGCCAUCCUGGGCAGCGUGCUCUACUUCCUUUACAAGAAGGGAAAGAUCUGCGGCCGCUCCGGCAAGCAGGACCUCACCAAGGAGAAGACGAGCAGGGACAACAUCGUGGUGGAGAUGAAGAGCGACAACACAGAGGAGGCUGUGCUGCUGGCGGUGAAUGGGGACAAGACGUCUGGCGACCAGUAACACGUAUGUGGAACAUCUGGAGGUGCAGCAGUGAGGAAGACCACGGUGAGGGGAUUUGCUGCCCCCCCCCAAACUCCCACCUUUUCUCUCCCUCCCCUGCAUCCCAUCUUGCCCUCAGAGAUCCUAUCUUCAUCAAGUUAAUGGAGGAGAAAGAGCUUAUCUCUUUUGGAUACCAGUUAAUAUUCCCCGAACAGGUGCGACAAGAACAGAGACACUAAAGUGUGGAACUCCAAAAAAGCAUCCCGUUGGCUCGGGUACUUUUCUGAAGUGCCACUUUAGCGCUCGGGCGUAAUUCUACCAAAGACAAAACAAACCACUACCAUUACUUUUACCCAGGACAUACCCAUGUCUUCACUCCUCGCUCACACCAGAGCCAAGAGGAAGAUUGUCAAUCACUUAGCUUACCAGGAGGUCAGGGUUUAGGGUUAGGGUUAAAUUCUAUAGCAAAACGAAUGCCACCUCAGGCAAAUCACAAACAAUAAGGAACAGGCUGAAAAACUGCUCUUUGUCGAGUGUAUAUAUUAUACGCUUUGUAUGUACAUAUUUCUUUAUUUAAAGAAAAUAACCCAAUAAGAACAGCCAGAGUGUUAUUAUUUUAAUUUUAUGUUCAGUUAUUUGUAGCCCCUUCGUCUUUAUUGAUAUUUUGGCAAUGGAUGUGUGCUGUGCUUCGAGUCUGUACACUGAAUAACAUGGGUCGUAUAAUGUGUUAGCGCUUUCAGCCGCAUUUAUCACACCAAAGAAAAAUCACUGCAAUUUGACUCUGAAAAGUGCCCUCAUGGAUCCUUACAUUUCUGUUCCGUUCCAUUCAUUAUUUUAUUUUCCUUGUCUAUCACAAUCGCAAAUCAAUCGGCACAAUGCCUAACUCUGAUCCGUCUCUUAGUGACACAUUGAGGGGUUCCUGUUUGUUCGUUUCAUGUCAUGGAUGGCUUUAUAUCUAUAGCCUAUUUUUACAUGGUUUAUCGUUCUUUUUUUAUAUUUGUGUAGAUUUGAUAAUACAGAGUUUGAAGAUUGUCUUUAAUUGAAUGUGUUUCUUAUCUUUGGAGUUUUAGGCUUACCCAUUUAACAUCGAACACCUUGUUUUAUCAUAUUAGUUAGAGGAACAAAUGUAACAUUCAAUGUCCAGUGCACUGAUCUAGAGUUCGUUUUUGUUUUCUGAUUGUGUUAUUUCAGUUUUAAUGUGAAACUUGUUUUGCCCUUAUAGUGAAAUGUUUGAAGUGAAUUUAAAGCAGUAGAUCGUAGUAGUAGUAGUCGUUCUUAAGGGUGAUGUAUGUAUAUGAGAUCAUUGGUCAAUUUUAUAUUAUAGUUCAAUUAAUUCGUGGAUUGACUGAAAAUGUUAAUUUUCUGUGCUUUGAUCUGAUCGUUUCAGAAGUGCAUAAUGAUUAUACCUAGUAUUUUUGUUAUGGUGAGAGCUGAAAUUACGAUGGAAUGAAUUUUGGCAUGUGGGCACGUAUUUGUGACUGCUGUCACUGACUAUCACUAGUAACAAGUUAUAUAUAUAUGUAGGCUAGCAAUGUAGCCAUCAGGAAUAAUCUGAGGAGUCAAACUCAGAUUAUAAAAAGUGCCUCACAUUCCACCAUAAGGAAUAAUAACACAAUUAGAACUUUCUCAAAUAAAUGUCAGUGUUACUUAA